AUGGCUCUUAUACUUAAUGGCAAUCAAUUGGAGGGACCAUUACCGCCAUCAUUGAAUAAUUGUAUCCUUUUGGAAAUCCUAGAUGUGGGGAAUAACAUGAUUAAUGAAACCUUCCCCAACUGGCUAGAAAAUCUUCCAUACCUUGAAGUUAUUAUUUUGAGAUCUAAUCGAUUUCAUGGUCCCAUUGACAAUUCCAGUGCAACAUUUCUCUUCCCUGAGUUGAGAAUACUCGACCUUUCCCACAAUCAAUUUACUGGUCCUUUGCCAGUAAAUUAUUUUAACAAUUUUGUGGCUAUGAUGCCUUCGUCCAUGGAUGAUGUCGAAGUCGGAUAUAUGGAGUAUUUUGAUGGCCAAUAUUAUUCAGUAACUUUGUCUAUCAAAGGAGUUGAGAGGGACAUAGAUAGGAUUCUAACCAUUCUCACAACCAUAGAUUUGUCCGACAACUUGUUUCGAGGACCAAUUCCAGAGGUGAUUGGAAAGCUACAGUCACUCAUACUGCUCAACUUCUCUCACAAUAGCUUAACUGGUGAUAUACCGUUGUCAUUGGCAAAUUUGACACAACUUGAAGCAUUAGAUCUCUCUUACAACAAGCUCGUUGGAAAUAUUCCAAUGCAAUUGACAAGUCUAACUUUUCUUUCAGUGCUAAACUUAUCAUACAAUCAGCUUGUGGGACCUAUACCUCAAAGAAAGCAAUUUGAUACAUUUCCAAACGAUUCCUUUAUUGAAAACUUGGGUUUGUGUGGAUUAACAUUGUCAAAAAGAUGCGGCAAUGAUAAGGCACCAACUCCAACACCAUCAAUAGUCCUUAAAGAAAACAAUGCUUUCAAGACAACCACAAUGGUUUGUGAGAUUGAUCGAAAGAGAGGGUCCAAAAAAUGUGAGAAGGCUGAAUAG